AUGGCAAAGGAACCGUCACUUGGCCCCGGCGACAUUUACCAGCGACUCUAUGAAGAGCACGACCAGAGCCAAAUCGUCGACAAGGAAUCGCCGAAUGUAAAGGAGAUUACAGAGGAAGAUCUUGAACGGGCUGCACAGUGCGGGAGGUGGGGUCCAACAAAGCCAAGCACGACGUUUCUCCGGAUAUAUCAUGAUGUUCUAUGUACACUCGACGUAAAUGUUGCUCAGGCGGUCGUCAGCCCACCGCUGUUGGGCACUUGCGGUGUGAUGCCGUUGACUAUUCUCUCAAUCGUCCCAGAUAUUAUGAGACACAUGUCCAACCUGAUUGUCCGAGCAGAAAAGGAGAUUGUAAUCGCAACCAAUUAUUGGAUCUUCUCUGUGGCUUCUAGGUUUGUCAACAAUGCUCUGAAAGAGCUUUCUCAUCGGGCUCAGCAACGAAACCAGAGGAUUGUCAUGAAGGCGAGUCCUUUCUUUGAGUAUGAACUUUGUUUGACGAGGAACCAGCUCAUCUACGACCGAGGGAGUCCUUUGCAAAUAAUUGAGAAUCAUUUGCCCGUAUCGGAGCAGACGUACACCUCGAAGGAGAUCGGACUUCCCCCAUCAGAAGAGAUUCCGAAUAUUGAUAUCCAAGCCAUCAACUAUCACCGUCCCGUACUUGGGACUUUUCACGCCAAGUUUAUGAUUGUAGACCGCAAAUUUGCGGUCGUUCAGAGCAAUAAUAUCCAGGCAUGUCUUGACAACCCCAAUCUUGAGAUGGCGUGCCAACUCGAAGGACCGAUAGUGGACUCUCUCUACGACAUGAUGCUUAUUUCUUGGUGCAACAAACUCGAGCCACCGCCGCCUAGCAUAAGCUCGCCGGCUGCAGCUGGAGCAUUUCCGGCUCGUUCCAUGACGAUCAAUUUAAUGCCAAAGGAACAUUCCGGGGAGGAAGCGCAGUCUUGCAUCCACAUGGAGAAUGGAGGAACAAGCGACUUGACGCCAAAGCAAGAACCCGUCUCGACAUCUGUCAGCCCGCGUCAAGUCUUGCAUCCAGAAGGGAAUGCUGAGCGUGGCGGAGACUUUCGAACUGAGAGCUAUCUCUCUACGGGAGAAAGUGCAAUUCCGCAGGCACAAAUCGAACAUCCAUCUACUGACAAUUCUCUGGAAGAGCAUACGGUGGACGACCCGCACUACGAUGCCGAUAUUGCGGGAGAGGUUGCUCGCGUUCAGUCCUCUGUCUCGCCUAAACCCGGCCUCACGCGUGUCCAAGCCGUUACUCGGCACUUGAACCACACCGUCUCACCGGACGUCGAAGGCGACGCGCCCGACUGUCUUCCAGAGGAAGAAAUGACACCCUAUAUCCCUCAUCCAACGCACGAAGCGUUUCCUAUGGCGCUUGUCAAUCGUUAUCCCUUCGGUCCCCUUACGCACUCUUCGCUCUAUACACCACAGAAUCAAGCCUGGAUCUCUGCGCUGCGUCAUGCGAAGAAGAACGUGUUUAUCCAAAGCCCGAAUAUCAAUGCCGAGCCACUGCUUGCCGAGAUCUUGAGCGCGGUUCGGAGGGGGAUCGAUGUGUAUUGUUAUGUGUGCCUUGGGUACAACGACUCGGGAGAGUUGCUGCCCAGACAAGGCGGAACGAACGAAAUGGUGGCGCACAAACUGUUCACGACGCUUAAGCCGGAACAUCACAAGAACUUGCAUUGGUACUGGUACGUUGCCAAGGAUAUGAUGGAACCCAUCGUCGCGAAGAAGAAACAACGUACAUGCCAUAUCAAACUCAUGAUCGUCGACGAACAUAUCGGCAUUCAAGGCAGUGGAAACCAAGACACGCAGAGCUGGUUCCACUCACAAGAGGUCAAUGUUAUGUUCGACUCGGAGAUGAUCUGCCGUGCAUGGAUCGAUGGACUCCGAAGGAAUCAGAACACGCAUCUUUAUGGAGAGGUCAGCCAGGAGGACGGGAUUUGGCGCGACAAAGCUGGGAACCAAGCGAAGGAUGUUAUUGGUGUCAAUCCUGGAAAGUUUAGCUGGGCAAAGGGCCUCCUUGGCGCCAUCGAGCGCGUUCGAGGUCAAGGCGGUUUCUGA